AUGAAAUAUAUUUUAACAUCCCUAAUCUUAGCAUUAGGGCUCGCUUUCGCUUCCAUUAAAACCGCGAGUGCAGCUGGUGCUGCAGAUUAUUAUGUAUACUCUUUACCUGGUCUUCCUGACAAUGCAAAUGUCAAAUCGCACGCCGGCAUGGACGGUUUAUUUCUCGAAAAUGGUCCAUGGAGAAUGAAUAGUGAUCAAUCACUAAGAAUUAUUGAUGGUUCAUGGAUCGAAUUUGCUAAUGUACUUUAUGUUGAUCAGCCGGUUGGCACUGGUUUUAGUUAUGUAAAUUCCACGGGUUAUUUAACAAAUGUAUCGCAGGUUCCCGGGGAAUUUUUGAUUUUUCUUGAUAAAUUUUUUGAUAUAUUUCCAGAAUUCAGCAAGGAUGAUAUUUAUAUUGCUGGAGAGAGUUUUGCGGGAACUUUUAUACCUUACAUAGCCACUGAAAUUUUGAAACGAAACAAUGAAGUAGGCACAUUCGUAAACCAUUACAAUCUCAAAGGCAUAGCAAUUGGAAACGGAUGGAUUGAUCCUAUUCCACAGAAAGCUGCUGAGAAUCAGCUUGCAAGUUGCGUGGCAGCUGAAAAUAAGAGUCUUACUAUUCAUAACGACUUCGUUGGAAAUAAAGUGACAUGUGUAAAUCAAUAUGAUAUUCGAGAUUAUAAAGAUUCAUAUCCUUCUUGUGGACUUGGAUGGCCUUAUGAGCUCCCAACUAUUUAUAAAUAUUUAGCGAGAGAUGAUGUUGUAAAGGCCAUUCAUGCUGAGCACAAAAGUGGGGAUUGGGUAGAGUGUAGUUCGACAGUAGGUCGUGGUUUUACCAAUGAUCCAAGCCCACCUUCUAUUACGUUAUUGCCAUCUAUUUUAAAACAAAUCAAUGUUUUAUUUGGUGAUCAAGAUCUCAUUUGUAACCUAGAAGGUACCGAAGCUAUGAUUAAAGAAUUAGAAUGGAACGAAGCAAAAGGGUUUCAGAAUUCUACUACAACACCUAUGUCCUUUAACAAUACUGUUUAUGGGCAUAUGAUAUCAGAACGAAAUCUUACAUAUGUAGUUCUCUACAAUGCCAGUCAUAUGGCACCUUACGACAUACCAUUAGAAAGCAUGGAUAUGAUGUAUCGAUUUAUGGGAAUUAACUUUGAAUCUACUGUAACUUCGGGCACACCAGUACCUCCAAGCACUAAAAUUUUAAACGAUGACAAUCAUAUUAAUUCUAUUAAAUUUAAUGAAUAUAGUGGAACCAUUACGCUCAUAAUUGUUAUUUGCGGUGUUGUUUCCCUAGCAGCCUUUGUAUACCGCGGAAAAUUGAAACGUAAAAAGAGCAUUAGUCAAACAAUGAAAGCUGUCGUUGAGAGUUCAAAUAAUGAAAUGGAUGAGUUGGUAAUAGAAACACCUCUAUUUCAGUCAGAUAAUGUUGAUCAUUUUGGAGAUAGUGAAGACGAGGAUAAUGGUCAUGGACAAAUUGUUGAAUCAAGUAUACGCAACAAUCAAGAUAGAUAUGUUGAUGAUGAACAAGAUAGAUAUGUUGAUGAUGAAAAACAUGUUAGAUAUGUUGACAAUAAAGAAGAUUACGAUAGGGGGAAAUGA